AUGGCAGGUAAAGUCCUAAGCCUUGUCACCAGCAUUGCCUGGUUCGUUCUGGGGAUUAGCGCUACUCCUCAACCAUACUGCAAACCCAUUCCAGGUUCUUCCGACUGGCCUUCGCUGUCAGAAUGGCAAGCAUUGAACUCAACGGUCCUAGGCCGACUCAUCGCUCCCGUGCCACCUGGCCUGGUUUGCCAAAAGAAUAGCUCCUUAUACAAUGUCGAAGCAUGUGGAAAUGUGUAUCAAGAGUGGACAAAUUCUUCGUGGCAUGCCUCGGAUCCUUUCACUGGCGACUACAACGACGAAGCUUGCCUCCCUAGCAAUUUAGCUCCUUGCUCUGCUACAGCUUACCCUGCCUACAUCGUCAAUGCGAGUGAUGCCAGCCAUGUUCAAGCCUCUGUCAAGUUUGCCAAACGAACAGGCGUCAGGCUCAUCGUGAAAGGGACAGGCCAUGAUAUUGCGGCACGCUCCUCAGGUCCGCAUGCACUUUCGAUCUGGACACACAAUAUUCGUGGCGUCAAUGUCACGAUGGGAGACGCACGUGCAAAGAAGUACGGUGGCGUAGCUGCUGUCAAGAUCGCCGCGGGUAUGCGCAUGCGAGAGAUAUACACCGAAGCCGCUAAACACAACAUCACUGUCGUCGGCGGAGGCGAUGUUGAUGUGGGAAUCGGAGGGUGGAUCACUGGAGCUGGUCACAGCCCGAUCAGCAGCAAGUAUGGCCUCGGUGCAGACCAGGUACUCGAGAUGGAAGUCGUUACCGCCAACGGCACACACUUGACCAUCAACGAGACUUCCUAUCCUGGCCUCUUCUGGGCCAUGAGAGGCGGAGGCGGCUCUACCUUUGCGGUCAUGACCUCUGUAACCGUUCGAGCUUACCCGAGCCUUGCAUCGACCUGGUACGUAUACAGCUACAAUACGACGGCCGACUCGGAUACCUACUGGUCCUUGGCCACGUACUUCCACAGUCAACUUCCAACUCUUUCGGACAAGGGUGUCAUGGGCUACUACUGGGCGUUUGCCUCCCUAGCCUCUCCACCAGCUGCUCCGAAGAGCACCAUCUUUGGCGUCUGGGUCCUGCCUGAGAAGUCUGCGGACGACACAAAGGAGAUCAUGGCUACAAUGGAGGAAGCGAUCAGCAACAAUACUUUCGGAUGGAAGGACCCAGUUAUACUAUCCAACUAUUCACUAUAUGUCCCCGAUUUCAUGUCCGGCUGGGUCCAAAACACACCAGAAACCGUUGGAGUCAACGUUCGUCUUGGUUCUCGACUUCUUGGCCGCAAAGCACUCGAGACCGACCCUCAGCAAUUGGAAACCCUUCUGAAGAAGUCAGUUGCGAAUCCGCAGAAUGCGAUAUUGGGCAACCUUGUCGCUGGUAAGGGCGUCAAAGACGUUAAAAUCCCCGGUGGGAGCAAUGCGGUCGUACCAGCAUGGCGUGAUGCCUAUGUACAUUACAUCCUCCCUCGAUCAUGGCCAUACCUGAAUGAGACGGGGAAAAUCGCUGCGACCACAGAGCUGCGAAACGUGCAAGUUGAAGCCCUCCGGCAGCUUGCGCCAAAUUCAGGAGCGUACGUCAACGAGGCCGAUCCGACAGAACCCCGUUGGCAACAAGCAUUCUGGGGCUCCAAUUAUCCACGUUUACUGCAGUUGAAGAAAUACUGGGAUCCGACUGGUGUCUUUUGGUGCAUUCCGUGCGUCGGACAUGAACUGUGGGCUGUUCACAGUGACUAUGGCAUUGAAGGUGGAAUUGGUCAGACGCCUGGCCGGAUAUGUAAGGCUUGA